UCCGGAACGAAAUAUCACGUGUGUCCUCGAAGUUGCCAUUUUGAGAAGUGGCGACAUAGACGACUUCUCAGAAGUGAACUUGGCGUAGCUAAGAUGGCGGACGAAAAGUUCAGAAAGGCCACCGAAGGCCUUCUUAACUCGGUGUUAAUAAGCAGUAAAGGUGGUGUCCCCUUGUAUAAACUUGCAGGAGAAUUUCGAGAGGUCACAAUGUCAGAUAUUCCUCUGGAAAAACUUGGAUUUCAAUCUAUUGAGUCAUAUAUUCGAUCAAUACCCCAUUGCGCCUUUUUGCAAACAAAUGAUAGUGGAGUAUUAAUGGUGAAAGGUGUUGCCAAUGAGAGCACCAAGCACAUUGCAAAAUUAGUAUCAGGUCAGAAAAAAGGAAAAAAGAGGUCUUCUACUUUGAUCAAAAGUGUAGCAAGAGGAAGAGGUGGAUCUGCAAGAGGGAAUUCCUACAGAAUAACACGAAACCCCAGAGGUGGUGCUAGGGGUGCCUUUAUUUCUGCUAAUCCAUUCAAUCCAAUGUCAUUUAACAGGAGUACUUCUGGAACUACUCAUGUAAAUAAAUCAUCAAGUGCCCCAAAUUUUGCUAAUUUUCCCCAUGUUCAGACGAGAGCCAUACAGGAAGCAAACAGAUUUCUUUCAAAUGGAAAUUCAAAUUUUUCAGCAGUAGAAACAAAGCAAAAAGGUAACAUUUUUUCACAGCCAGUAAACUUUAAUUUGCCACCAAGAAUGAAAAGGCUGCAAGAGUCAAAAGGGAUUUUUGAUACCAAUAAAGUACCUGGUGAAGAUCUGAGAAAUAUGAUUGGAAGAAGAAACAAUGAAACACAAAGCAGAAACACUUCUUUUGGAAAAGACACAAAAAUAACUGUGAAAAAUGAAAACUACAAUGGAAAACAGGUUGAAGCUGUGAAAGAAAAUGUUAUCAAGGUUCUUUCGCUGUACCCGAAAGGUCUUUGGGCUAAUGUGCUCUGUCACAUGUACAAAUUGAAAAUUGGAGAAGUACCUCCAAAUUUAUUGAGUAUUGUGAAAAAGGAAAUGAAUGAACAAGUAGAAGUGCGCAGCAUGCACGGUGACAAUGAAAUAAUUUACUUGCGAAAGCCAAAAGAACAAGAAGAAAAACCCAAAAAGAGUGAAGAAAUUUCAACUCAAAGUGUUCCUGGUGAUACACGAAUUGUUGUUGCAAAGGAGGUUCAAGAAGAUCAGGCUAAGGAGGUUGAAUCACAGGAAGAGGAAAGUUUCAUUCCUGACCAAGAAGUUCCAAAAAUUGGGGAGACCUUUUCUGUCUAUGUUUGCCAUGUGGAUACGAUCGACCGAUUCUUUGUUCAAAGGACUGAAUCUGAAGUAAUUGAUCUCUCUUCGAAAAUCCAAGCAUAUUAUCAGUCAAAAGCCAAAAAGACACAUUGGAAGCCAAAGAUUGGUGGCGUGUGCUGCGCUUGUUACGAGGGACAAUGGUAUAGAGCCAGGGUGAUAUUCGGCAAAAUAGUUGAUAACACAAUAUCUACGACCACUAGAAGGCCCUCUAAAGAUCAGAAUGCUGCAACAAAUUUUGUGUACAAAGUUUUGUAUAUAGACUAUGGAAACAUGGAAACAGUUGGAGACGAAGAAAUACGAAAAUUGGAGGCGGAAUUUUGUACGUUGCCAGCCCAAGCUAUACAGUGUCGCUUACGUGGUGUUAUGUGGACAGGGGCCAUGCAAGAAUGGAGCUCCGAAGCAGUUGAUUUUUUCAAAGAAUCGACUGAAGAUGUACAGCUCAAAGCCAAAGUUUCAAAUAUGAGGGACAGCAUUAUAGACGUGGACUUACGAACUGCCGAUGGCAAAAGCAUCGCAGAGGCAUUGGUGGACAAAGGCCUUGCGAUAUCGGAAAAUAGGCGCCGCACGGCCUCACUGCCUCAAUUGCCGAAGAUAUCCCCCGAAAAAGAAGAGACACAGGAAGAUGAAAUCUUGAGCCCGAAGCCCUCACUCUUAUACCGACUGAACAGCCUCACUUUGGAUUCAUCGGAUGAUGCAGAAAUCAAGCAAGUGGAACUACCCAAGGACGACAUUUUUGAUAUCCUUGUAACUGCAGUAAACUGUCUCAAUGAAAUUUCGGCUGUUCUGGAUGAUGACCACAAUCAGGGGCGCUUAAAAGUCUUAGAAGCUGGCAUGCAGAUCUAUUUUGAUUCAGACCAAUCAGAUGAAAAGUUUCAAAUUGAAGUUGGAUGUGUUUAUGCCGCAUUUUUCGAAGAGGCCUGGUAUCGAGUGAAGGUUACAGAGGUCUGGGAAGACUCGGCCGAGAUUUAUUUUGUCGACCGCGGCGACAGCGGCAAAGUGCAGACUUCAUUUAUCAAGAAAUUACCGCCACAGUUUAAGAUUCUGCCAUUACAGGCAAUCGAGUUGACUCUAGUAAAUCUCCCAGAAAGUGACAACCCAAAGCACAUCCAAGCUCUUUGCGAUGCCAUCUUGGGAAAAGAAUGUGUUGCCGUUGUAAUUGAUAGAGAUCAAGAUGUCGCACUAGUGGAAUUGUUUGACACAAGCUCGGGCAGUGAGGUCAGCAUCAAUGACAAAAUUGCCACUGACUUAAACUUCAAAGACGAGGAAGUUUUCCAACAAUUUCUUCCUGAUGCUGGUGAAAUCGCUGAUGGUUUUGUUUCAAACGUUUCUGAAUCUGGUCUUUUCAAUGUUUGUCUGGUGGGACCAGGUGUCCAGCAGUUAGACGCAUUAAAUGAAGAAUUGCAAGACUACUUCUCGAAGGGAUCAAAAGCGGCUGAUUUUGUAAAGAGUCCCGAAACAGAGAAGAUUGUUUGCACCAAGCUCAAAGAAGAUAGUACUUGGUGUAGAGCUAUCAUAAAAUGUGUAAUGGCCGCAGAAAAGAAGGCAGAGAUCGAGUUUAUCGAUUACGGCACCAGAGAUGUUGUCAGUGUCAUGGCCUUACGGGAGAUACCAGAAAAGCUUAACGAGAUGAGAACGCACCCUGCACAGACGAUCAAGUGUAAGCUUGCGGAUUGUCCAGACGAAGCUCAGGAUCUGUGGAAGAAUGGAUUGGCCUCGCGGCUGCUGGCAUCUUUGAAAACGAGAACUGUCGUUAUCAAGUCGGUGAAGGAAGCUGACGACAGUACUGCUCCUUUGAUUCAAAUUUUGCAAGCGGACCCGAUUGAUACCUCAAAAUUUACAUCGAUUGCUGACGACAUCACUGAGAUCUGUGCAUCUUUAAGAAAUGCCCAUUUACCGGCAGCUGUUACAGAUAAAAAAGGGCAGGUAGAACCCCACAAAGAAAUCAAGGCUCCUUCUGUUGUGGAAGGUUCGACUGACCACCCAUCCGACUUGAAUCUGGACAGGGCGUCUGGUGUUCAAAAAAGGUCCAUCUCAAGUCAGAUAUCCCAUUCGAGUGCCUCAUCUGAAUCUACCAAAGAUAAAUUGGUGCUUUCAGUUCGAAACGCGACCGUUCCACCUUUGGAAAUCAAAGAACAUUGGAUUGUUAUUUAUGUUACCAAUGUCCAAAGCCCGUCAAAGUUUCAUUUUGUGCUCCAUGACAAUUUAUCACUUCUUACUAACACGAUGGAAAGAUUGCUUGAACACUACAAGGACUCAGACAACUCUUUUGAUGACUGCUGCGAAGGAGAUGUGUGUGCGGUUUUGGUGCAAGCAGAGGAAACUUGGUACAGAGGAAUCAUUCGCACGAUUGAUGAAGUGGAGGAUCUAGUUGGUGUUUUGUUACCGGAUGUGGGAAAGAUGACACUUGUCCCGAUUACUGACAUCAGACCUCUGCAUGAUUCGUUCCUCUCCUUGCCUUUUCAGGCCAUCAGAGGGUCCUUAGCAGAUCUUCCUCGCCCACCAGCCGAUAAAUGGCCGAAGACAGCAUGUAAAAGAUUUGGUGAUUUGGUAUUUAAUCAAAGUUUCUAUGCUAAAAUCAAAAGCUCUGAACUGACUUACCCAGCCUCGUACUCGUUUGUUGAUAAUAAAAGCCUCGAAUUGACUCUGUUUGACCCAGCAGAAGAAGCUGAUGACAUGACAAUUAAUGAGCUUGUCAAAGGUCUUCUAAUGUAAAGUAUUCCAGUAAUUGAAUAUUCAAUCUUUGUAAUGUUCUGACACAUGCAAUUAUGCUACAUUAGUUGCACUUAUAUGAUCCUGUUUUUUAGUAAUACCCAGCGAAAGUUUUAUGCUGAAUAGCAUGGUACAUUAAGCCAAAAAAUGAAUUUUGUUUAGUAUGAUCUUUAAGCUCUUAAAUAAAUAAUAAGAUGAGCUAGGUCCAUAACAAGAAACGGUUCGUUAUCCCUUUUUUCUUGUCAUAGAUUUGCAAAAUUAAGGAAUAAACUUUUACUGCAAUGUUAGAGAAAAAGAGGCUAUCCCAAUAUAUGUAAACUUCUAAUAAAUUAUGAUUUGCCUUCCAAAAGUACCUUAUUCUUUUAUUUCUGAUUCAGUUUGUCUAAGAAAUUUCAUUUCAAAUUUGAUAAUGGUAAUGAAAAAAUAUUUUUAAUUUACCAAUCUUCACCUAUUCAGCGAUUUUUUUUAGAGUUUUGCGUAAAUUUAUCUGCUAGGAGCAAUAUUGCUUGUCAGCCAUAAAUCAUUAUCACGAUGAAGAAAGAUAUUUUAGAAAAUGACGCUAUUAUAUUGAUGUAGGCUUAGUAUGUAUAUAAAUAAGUUUAGCUAGUGUUGUGUUCUGUUAGUAGUGAUUUUUUGUUUUGUAGAACAGAUGUUUUCAACAAACCAUUCUUUUAAUAAUUCCAAAUUUCA